AAAAAUUAAUUAUAAUUUCACUAGAUUUUUUAGAUUAAUUUUGUAUAUAACCGAAGUUGAAAUAUACUUUUUUAUUUAAAAUCAACUUCUAAAUCAUUUUAGCAAAUUCCUGUGUUCUCUAUCUCAUAGAAACCAAAUCAAAAGAUUUAAUGAUGGAGUCCUAUAACGUGAACAACAGCUUGAACAUAGACCUGGAGAAAGAUCAAGAAACUGCUUUCAACUACUCAAAACGAUCUCCGUGGAUACGCGCUGCCGUGCUUGGUGCCAACGACGGUCUUGUCUCAACGGCUUCACUUAUGAUGGGUGUCGGUGCGGUUAAGCCAGACGUCAAAACCAUGCUUUUAACCGGGUUCGCAGGCUUAGUUGCCGGAGCUUGUAGCAUGGCAAUCGGAGAGUUUGUCUCCGUAUACUCUCAGUACGACAUAGAGGUGGCUCAAAUAAAGAGAGAGAGCGGAGAAGAGAUAGAGAAAGCAAAGCUUCCGAGCCCGAUGCUAGCGUCUGUUGCAUCUGCGGUAGCGUUUAUUCUGGGAGCGACUGUGCCUUUAUUGGCGGCUGCGUUUGUGAAAACGUAUGAAAUGAGGAUUGUAGUGAUUGCUGCGGCGGUGACGUUCGUUUUGGUUAUGAUUGGGUGGUUAGGAGCGGUUUUGGGGAAAGCACCGGUGGUUAAGUCGUUGGCUAGGACUCUGAUUGGAGGAUGGUUAGCUAUGACGGUUACGUUUGGUGUAACCACACUGUUUAGAUCACAUUUUAGAUCACAUGGUUUGUGAUAGUUUGUACGUGUGCGCGACCGCAACCUUCUUCAUGUUUCAUGCAACACAAUUUAAGCGGUUACAUUUUUUUCAUAUGAACUUUAGAAUAUUUAUUUAACAUGCAUGAUUACCAAAAAUAAAAUAAAACUUUGAGUAUUUCAUGUAAGAAGAUACAUAAAAAAAAAGUGUAAGAAGAUACAUUGGGAUAUAUGGGUUUGUGACUUGGAUUUUAGAUUUUAUGUAAGCAAAUAUGUUAUAUAAAUCUAUCCAGUGGCAUUUUUCUUAAUGAAUGAUAA